AUGGGGGCCCCAGGGGGCCCCAAAGAAAGAACUAUUGGGGACUCCAGGGGGGCCCCUCGGGGGCCCCAGGGGGGCCCCCCUGGACAGCCGCUGCAGCAGCAGCUGCACCAGCAGCAGCUGCAGCUGCAGCAGCAGCAGCUGCACCAGCAGCUGCAGCAGCAGCUGCAGCAGCAGCUGCUGCUGCAGAAGCUGCUGCUGCAGCAGCAACUGCAGCAGCAGCAGCUGCACCAGCAAAUGGAGCAGCAGCAGCUGCACCAGCAAAUGGAGCAGCAGCAGCUGCAGCAGCAACUGCAGCAGCAAAUACAGCAGCAGCAAAGGGCCUAA